CGAGCCUAGUUGUGAAGUUUUUUAGCGGGUUGCGUGAUAGAGGCGUAUUAUUACGUUCAAGACUUAUGCAAGUCUAACUGAACGGUUCCAGUUUGUUCGGAUAGUCUUGACAAUGGCGGAUCUCACCUACAGACAUGCUGAAAAGGAUGAUUGUGAUGAGAUAUUGCGUCUUAUAAAGGAACUGGCUGAGUUUGAGAACCUCCUUGAUCAAGUGAAUAUCACAUCAGAGACACUGAAGAAAGAUGGCUUUGGUGAGGAGAAGUUGUUUCACUGUAUUGUGGCUGAAGAAAGGGCAAGGCCAGGAGGAGGAGAUACUUCACAACUGAUUGGCUACUUACUAUACUUCUGGUCAUAUGGCACAUUCACUGGCCGUGUGCUGUAUGUUGAGGAUCUGUAUGUCUCUCAAAACCACAGGAGGAGAGGUGUUGCAUCAGCUUUGUGGGAAUUUGCAAUGAAGGUUGCCUUGGAAAAGGGGUGCAAGCGCAUGCAGUGGGUUGUUUUAGAUUGGAAUACAACAGCAAUUAACUUCUAUAAGAAGAUGGGAGCUGUCAACUUGAGCAAGAAAGAAGGAUGGCUUAUAUACCGGCUAAAUGAAGAUGAUAUGAGAGCUGCAGUAACUCUCUAGUGCAUUAUGUUCAUUUCCUUGUACACAAAAAACAUUUAACUCCAGAAACUGACUCAAGUUUUCAUUGUGUUUGAAAAUUCUUUAUUCAAGUUUAUAAGGUUUUUAAUCAAAUUAUAUUUUAUGAUCCAGCCUUUUGUUUCUGUUUAUUAGGUCAAGAGAAAUAUUAAUUUACAUGCUUCCAUUGGUGAUUUUAUUGUUCACUAUGUCUUUGUUGGUUGUGAAAUACACCUGUGACUCUACUUUUUUUCUAAAAUGUGUUUGAAUCUUGAAUCCUAAUUACCUCUAGAUCGUGUAUUAUUUUAUAAGAAGGACAAUCUUGAGCUAGGAUUCAUUUAUUCAAGUGAAAAUAUUAUGAAAGUUGUGACAUGUUCGUAUGAUGGUCAUCUAGCUAGUUUUGAGUCAUUGGAAAAAGAAAAUCUAACUCUAAGGAGGCUUAGCAUGAUUGAUAGAUUCAGGGAGUUAUUAUAAGUUGUAGCAUUAUGAUUCAGGGUAUACAUGGUUUUAUGCAUUCGGUGUUAGGUUUUAUCUUCCGAGCCAGAGGGUUUUAUGCAUCAUGAUUUAGGUUAAAUCUCUCAUCAUGUUUAUAUAACAUCAAAACAAACUGAAAUUCAAUCAUAUAUUCUACUAACAUAGUACUGACUAGUCGAUCCGAACCACUGGUUCACUGACUGCCAUGGAUGCAUGCUUUUUCCAUGGAGCGGGGUAUAAAUGAGUUACUAGUAUUCUCCCUUGCAAAGAUUUAUACCCCGCUUAGGCGGUGUACAGCCGUGAACCGGGCAUACAUGGUAAUUUGUUCAAGGUCACAUGAACCAAUCAGAGAUGGACAUUCUUACAUGAGAUUAAAAUACCUUCACCUUCAUUUACUAUAGGUCCUUUCAUGUCCUCAAUUGAACCUCAUGACAAAUUUAAAUUAUGUCUUAAGUGUCUUUAAUUUUGGUCAUGUAACUUUUGGAAUGAGGUUGUCCAACAGUCAACAGUCUACACGUUAUUGUCUGGUUUAACAGUUACCUGUUAGAAUGGAACUUGUUUUGGGGACUUGAAAUGGGCUUCCAGAUAAUUGGUUUUAUCAUUUAUAUAGUUUAUGUAUGAUAGGGUUGGUUUUUUGGUAUUCAGUAUAUCUGAACUUCCUUCAGUCAAGUUUGUUGGGUAUCUUUACACCAAUGUGUAUGGUAGACAUGUAUUUAUAAUUAUAAACAAUUUCACUUAAAAUAUUGUUUCAGGUGAAGGUAUUUUAUCCUCAUAUAAUAUCUCACAUAACCCAAAUAGUUGUAUCAUCAGUUUUUUUACAUGCUCAUAAAAUACAAACAAAUAUUUUAUUCAGAUGUUUUAACUGAUAGUCUAUGAAGCGAAAUUCCAUGUCAGUUGCUUCAGAAGCUCCAAAUGUGGCAAUUACAUGCUUCAUUGGCUUGCUAUUUUUCUGGCAAUGAGCCCAGCACAAGCCAUGUGAUUUUCUGAUUGCAGUUUAAAGUGCAUUAAUGAGCAAAGAUUAUGGAAUUGUGUUUUGCUUAUAUUGUAGUUUUUUUUCAUCAGAGCUCAUCAGAUCUCGUCAAUGCUCAUCAGUUGUGAAUCCAUUCUUAUGUGGCCUGAUUCGUUGACAAGUGUUCAUCAGUGUAUGUCAACGUUUCAAGGAUGUCAGGUGUUGAGGAAUUGAUAAAUUGUAACCUUACACAGAUGUAAUAAACUCUGAUGUGAGUAUC